AUUGUAUGUUGAAUUUUGAUAUUAUCACCAACGUCUGGAGUUCAUAAUACACUGUUAUUGUUUUGAAACGACACGUGUAGAGUUGAUAAUUAUUUAUUACUAAAAAUAUCUGGAAUCAUAUAAAAUGAUCAAAUUACUUCAUAGCCUUGAUUAUUCAACGGUUGGUACAUCAACAGGACACCAUUUCGUCUCCUGUGUCCAGCUCAGUUGUGGUCUCACGAUGAACAUCAAUGUAUUUUUACUAAUCGCUGCUUCUGUGGGACUGUCCAACGCUGACGAUGAUUUGGUUCUACAACUAUGGGAGAAGCAUGGCAAAAUUCGCGGACAUACCCUGAAAAGUUUCCUAGGAAACGACUACUACGCUUUCCAAGAAAUUCCAUAUGCAACACCGCCAAUUGGUUCAAAUAGAUUCAAGGAGCCAAAAGAAGCCGAAGAUUGGGAAGGGAUUCGGAACACGUCUGAAAAUACGAAAGUCUGCAUGCAAAAUAAGGCUAUAGCUAUAACACCUGUUCCGUCUAAGAUGAAUAUGACCGAAGAUUGUUUGUACCUCAAUGUAUAUACACCUGUGAAACCAGGAAGUGGAGAAGAUGUUCUACCUGUACUGUUUUGGAUUCAUGGAGGUGGAUUCUUUUAUGGUUCGGGUGCUAUUGAAUAUUAUGAUCCUAAAUACUUCAUGGACCACAAUAUCGUUGUUGUUACAAUCAAUUAUCGCCUUGGACCUUUCGGUUUCUUGACAACUGCUGACGAAGUCAUUCCUGGUAAUAUUGGUCUGAAGGACCAAGCUUUAGCAUUAAGAUGGGUUUCAAACAACAUCCACUUGUUCCGGGGAGACAGGAGGAAAGUCACUGUAAUGGGUGAGAGUGCUGGAUCAACUUCUGCUGGAUAUUUACAACUAAGCAAAAAAGUAAGUGGUCUUGCGAGUGGAUUCAUUCUGGAAAGUGGAUCACCACUGUCUCCAUAUGCAUACCAAGAUGACCCGAAGCACUUCGCAUUCAAAAUGGGGGCUGCUCUAGACACAAAUUUCAAAUCAAAGAACUCUAAAGAUCUUCUUGAGUUACUUCAAAGUUCUCCAGCAGAAAACAUAUUAUAUGCAAAUGUAUCUAAUGACAGAUACAGCAUCAACAUAAUUUCGAGGAUAGUCGUGUGGUUACCGAUAAUUGAAGACAAAAAUUACGCCAAUGCGUUCAUAACUGAGCCGAUGUACACUUCUUUAUUGAGGGGACAUUUCAAUCAUGUGCCACUGAUGACUGGAUAUAACGCUGAGGAAUCAUUCUUCUUUGUCAGAGGUACUUCGGAACAAAUCGGUGCCGAGGGAGAUUUAUAUGACCAAAAUAUUGCAUUGACGAUGAAUCCUAGACUCAAUGUUUCGCCCGAAUGUGGAUCUGCAGCUGGGCGAGCAUACCGAGAUGUUUAUACCAACUCAACAUUCAAAGAAAGCCCAGGUGCAUUCUUGAAGUAUUUGAGUGAUGAAGUUUUCGCAACUCCCAAUAUAAGACAUGCAGAACUGGCCUCUCUUUUUGCACCAACUUAUCUGUACCAGUUCUCAUUCAAAGGAAAAAUGGGUGGUUUGGAAAAUUUACCCAAUGUACCAGGUGCUGGUAAUGUUGGCCACACAGAAGAACUGAAGUAUCUAUUCGGAGGUAUAGAAGGCUCAUCCAAAGAUGCAUCAUUUUAUCCUGAUUCCGACCAAUUAACCAUGAGGCGUAUGCUGACACUGUGGACGAAUUUCAUUAAAUAUCAUAACCCAACUCCAGAACAUGACAGUCUACUGAAUGUGAGGUGGCCUCUUGUAGAAAUAGAGAACAUACAUUAUCUAGACAUCAACAGGACCUUGGAAGUACAAACAAAUCCACAAUAUUACAACAGGGUGAAGAGAGUGUUUGAGCAAUACAGCAAUGCGCCAUUUGUUGUGUAUUAGGAAU